AGCACACUAUCACACGACAUGGAAUAAUAACUCGCUCGCUGGAGUAAAUCCUGUGUUUGUUUUAGGUUUAUCUGAACGUAAGGCACGUGUAUUCUUUUCUCAGUUAGAGAGACAACUGCUCGACAAUUCUAGUAAACUUACCUUUGGAAUUUAGUGCGAGUUUUGGGGAGACGCGCUCCAUCAGAAUUACGCAAGGGACAACAUGAUUUUGAAACAUAUGGAAUUUCUCUUCGUUUUACAAUACUUUAUUCCUCUGAUCACUCCAGAGGUUGCAGUUGAGAAGGAGUUGAAGAACUUCCAGUGUUCCCUCUACUCCUCUAAGGCCAUGAACUGCAGCUGGCUUCCAGCCAAUCAGACUGCAGAUGACCUCCAGCUCUACUACUGGUACCCUGGUGAAUCCCACAAAACAGCAUGCAGUGACUACAAGCCCAGAGCUAGUGAGAAGAUAGGAUGUCGCCUGAGAGGGGACUUCCUUGAACAUGACGUCUACUUCCUCUUUAAUGGAACUCUCAAUGGUUUGUCUGUACAGAAAACCUUCCGGGUGUGUCCUGUACAUUAUGUCAAGCCCCCGGCCCCUAGGGUUAAGAUCACAGAGGAAGGGAAGGAUCUCCUUCUGAGCUGGGACCCUCCGGACUUAGCCGCUCAUCACUGCUGGGUUUACAUCUUAAACUACAGCAUGUGUCGAGAGUCUCUGAGUAAGGAAAUACAAUACAAAUAUGAUAAUGUAGCCGUGUACGUGCCGUACGACCUGAGAUGCCAAUACAGAGUCCAGGUUAAAGCAGUCUAUAAGAAGUCAUGUGGCGCAGGAGGGAGCGACUGGAGCGAUGUUGAACUUUAUGGUGUGGAGGAUCUUAAUUUUGAUUGGUUGAUGACUGUAUUUGCCAUCCUCAUUCCAGCUGCAGUUGGCCUAUUCAUCCUCCUGUGUCUUUGUUGUUUCAUGAAGCACAGAGAGAAGCUUUUCCCCAAAAUUCCACAGCCCUCCUUGAUUUUGAAGGACAUGCUGAACAGCAAUAAGGAACAGAAGAGCUUCGUAGGGAAUCUCUAUGUCCCUGCAGUGGAGGAGAUGGAAUGUAAGAUCAGCCUAGAGAAAGACUCUACUCUUCUCUUGAUGCAGCCUGACCCCUGAGAGGCUACACACAGACCCAGUUGUGAUUACCACAGUACAGACAGAUACAUCUGGUAUGACUUCAGUGUUAUUGACCAACACUCGGAGCAAGCCAUUUUAAGGUGGACCCCAGUUGCAUUGCUGAAGAAUUCCAGGACUUGGAGCUCUGCAGUCGAUGGACCACUUUAGCAAGUUGGACACAGACGGAGAGCGUGUG